AUGCAUUUCGGCAACCACAAACUCAUUGGCGCUGCCGCCAAGAUCCCCGUCAACAAGCCCGUGGCAGUCAUGUCUGUCAGUCCGAUAGUUCUCCCCACGCCUAAGCGAUGCCUUGAUAUCGAAUUGCGAGUAACGGCCCCUGUCACAGGAGAUAACUUGCCUAUCAUAAUACUCUCUCAUGGUCAUGGACCAAGCAACUGGCUGUCGUCUUUAAACUCCUGCGCACCAUUGUACGAGUUCUGGGGCGCCCAUGGAUUUGUAGUUCUCCAGCCCACGCAUCUGUCGUCCAGGUUUCUCGGACUUGGCAGCGCUCCGCCGGGACAAGAAAUGUUCUGGCAGUCUAAUGCGGAAGAUUUAGUUCAUGUACUUGACCACCUUGAUGACAUCGAGACAGCUGUUCCAGCACUCAAGGGACGUCUCGCAAAGACCCAAAUUGCCGUGGCUGGGUACUCCUACGGCGCUUUCACUGCUUCUAUGCUGCUCGGUAUGGACAACACCGACCCACGUGGCAACGGUCCUCCGGUCCGCCUCUUCGACGACCGCAUAAAGGCCGGUGUUAUUCUUGGGGGAACCGGGGAGGGUGGUGCAAAGCUCAAAGUCACCCUCAAGGCCAUGACCCCCUUCUACGGCCCCGACUUCAGCAGAAUGAUCACACCGGCUCUCGUCGUCUACGGCGACGAAGAUACAAGCCCUCACCUGAACUGCGGCGCAGAGUGGCAUGCGGAUCCUUACACGCAAGCUCCGGGCCCAAAGGAACUGUUCAUCGUCAAGGGCGGAAAGCAUGGGCUGGGUGGCAUCAAUGGCUGGGACGUGGCAGAGACUGAGGACGAGAGCCCAGAAAUGCUCGGAGCCGUGCAGCGCAUGACUUGGGCGUACUUGAGAAGCCAGUUAGUAGAGGGCGACAACGCCUGGCGGGAAGCCUGCGAGGCCAUGGCCGGACUCGAGCAACUUGGAACCGUGGAAAGUAAAGGCAGUUAA